AUGUCUGGAAUGCUAUGUUAUCUAGAGCUACAACUAGAUGCAGAUUACGGGCACGGCCCAAUCAAAGCGACAAAGGAUAAAACAUCUCACGGCAAGAGAGAAGCCCAACUUUUCGGAUUUCUCUCUUGCCUUUCUCGAUUCCCUUUCUUGAAGGAGCAGGCCUUUGACCCCCUCCAUAACUGGUAUGUUUCAAGAAUAUCCCUGGAAUUGCAUCAAGGGGUGUUUUGA